GAUACUGGUGCGGCACUACACCCAUCUGCGCUCAUGGAUAAAACCGGUGAGCAUCACUCCGCCAACAUUUGCCCUCAACAAAACGCACUAUUGCUUUAUUUACCAUUUGGAAAUAACCAACAUACCAGAUCACAACAUGGAAAACAAGUCUUAUUUGGUGAAGAUGAAUGGGAAUGGGCUGCUGGUAAAGAAUAAGGUGAAUGGAAGCUCUGUGAAAGGGAAAGUGCUCAACAGGAACGGUGUGCACCAUGUGGAAGUAAAUGGCAGCCUGUAUCCCGCUAAAGUCAAGAGCCGCAGACAGGACUGGGAGGUGAAGCCAUCGAAGAUGGCCCAGAAUACCCUGAACCCAAUCAGGGCCAUUGUGGAUGGCAUGAAGCUUACCCCCAACCCUGAAAAACCUAUGAUCGCCCUCUCCAUCGGGGACCCUACUGUAUUUGGAAACCUGCCGGCAGACGAGGCCGUGCUGCAGGCCAUGAAAGAUGCUAUUGACUCACAAAAGUUUAACGGCUAUGCUCCGUCAGUCGGUUACCUGCAUAGUCGACAAGCCGUUGCCAACUUCUACAGCUGUCCUGAAGCACCUUUGGGAGCAGAAGAUGUUAUCCUGACUAGCGGCUGCAGUCAAGCCAUUGACCUGGCUAUCAGUGUGCUAUGUAACUCUGGGGACAACAUCCUGGUGCCCUGCCCAGGCUUCUCCCUCUACAAAACUCUGGCUGUCUCCAUGGGCAUUGAGGUCAAACUCUACAAUCUACUGCCGGAAAAGUCUUGGGAGGUCGACCUACAACAUUUAGAGAGCCUGAUUGAUGAGGGGACCUCCUGCAUCAUUGUUACCAACCCAUCCAACCCCUGCGGCUCAGUCUUCACCAAAGAACACCUACAGAAGAUUCUCAAAGUGGCCUCUAGACACUGCGUUCCCAUCCUGGCAGAUGAAAUCUACAGUGAUAUGGUGUUCCCUGGUUGCAGCUCUCCCUCUAUGGCCUCUCUAAGUAGUGAUGUCCCCAUUCUGGCCUGUGGGGGCCUGGCUAAACGUUGGCUUGUCCCAGGGUGGCGGCUGGGUUGGAUCCUAAUCCAUGACCGCAACGACAUAUUUGGCACAGAGAUCCGACAGGGCCUGGUGAAGUUGAGUCAGAGGAUCCUUGGAGCGUGUACUAUUGUCCAGGGGGCACUAGAGAGUAUCUUCAACAACACGCCCCAGAGCUUCUACAGAAGUACCAUCAGCUUCCUCAAGUCCAACUCAGACAUUUGCUUCAAUGAGCUAUCCACCAUCCCAGGCCUGAACCCUGUCAUGCCCUCUGGAGCCAUGUAUCUUAUGGUGGGCAUUGACAUGGAGCAUUUUCCUGAUUUUAAAAACGAUGUGGAAUUUACUGAGCGGCUGGUGACUGAGCAGUCAGUAUUCUGUCUUCCUGCAUCAGCAUUUGAAUACCCAAACUACUUCCGUAUUGUGGUGACUGUCCCAGAGGAGCAGAUGGUGGAGGCUUGUGGACGGAUUCGAGAGUUCUGUCUGACCCACUAUAGACCUAGCAGUCGGGAUAGCCUGAAUGACCUAGACCAGUGACUGGACUGGAAAAACUGCAUCAAUUGCAUCUGUCAGGUCCAAAGGGUUUUUUCCCUAUCUAAACCAAAUCAAAAAUCUAUUUAUAUUUUAUAUGAACUAGCUUAAUAUCGCUCUGUAUUUAUAUAUAAUUUUAUAUUUACUUUCUCUGAAUUUUGUAUAGCCUUUAUGCUUCGGAAAGCAUGAUUGUAGUUUAGUCUGUAAGUGAUGUCUUAAUGAAUGUAUUUCAUAUUUUACAUCCAUAUUCAGCUUGUUCAGCAUACACAUAUUCUGUAUAUUUUAUUUCAUAAAAUUAUGUUUGCUACAUUUUUGUUCCAUUGGGGUAAGGUGUAAAUAGAUACAUAUAUGUGUUUUUUGUUUUUUUAGUUUUUAGUUUUUUUAUUAUUUUUUGGUGGGAAGAAAUUUCCA